AUGAGCGAAGAGGAGAAGCCGCCGACAACUGGUGAGAACAAGUUCAUGAUCAUGGGCUACAACGUCGAGUUUCCACAUGGCAAGAAGCCGUUUCCGGCACAGUUUGCGGUCAUGAACAAGGUGCUGACAGCGCUCAAGACCAAGCAACACGCGCUGCUGGAGUCGCCUACAGGCAGCGGCAAGACGCUGGCACUGCUGUGCUCGAGUCUGACGUUCCAGAAACAGGUUUACCGAGAGGAACUCGCAGCUGCUAAGAGAGAGCAGACGAGUGUCAAGUUUCGAGAGCAGGAGGCCAAGAAACGGAUCCAAGAGGCGCAAUUGUGGGCGCUGGAAGCUCAGAUGCAGGUGAUGGCAGCUAGACAACAGAUUGAACAGGCCAGAAAGCAGAGAAAAGAGAGUGACGAUGAUGGUACUCAAUUGACUGUGGAGCUGACGAACGUGACAGCUACGCAGGCUACUUUGAAGGAUGGAGAAGAAGAAGAAGAUGAUGAUGAUGAAAUGGAUACGCAGGUCACUUUGAAGAAAGAAGAUGACGAAGAUGAUGAAGACGUCGUGGCUACACAGCCUAGUCGCGACGAAGGAUGGCUAAGCACCCGGAAACGAGAACCAAACGCCGACUAUAAUUCUAUUACCAAGAGGAAGAGAGUGUUGCCCGAGUCGUUUGCUGCUAUAGCGGAAGCAGCAGCUGAGACACAGGAGGAACUUGACGACGGAGCUGGUAAUAGCACGUUGAAAAGGAAGCGGGUAGUGCCACCGCGGAUCUACUUUUGCUCGCGAACACAUUCGCAAUUGGCGCAAGUGGUAGCCGAGUUAAAGAGCUGCCCUGUGUCGUAUCUAGACAUGCCCGGAGACUCUGAAACACCGAUGAAGCAGCUGAAGACAUGUGUGCUGGGCUCGAAACGUCAGAUGUGUAUCAAUUGCAAAGUGAAUCAAGAUCCAGCGCAAGUUGACGAAAAGUGUCGACUGGCACUCGAAGGCGCGUCGUGCUCGUAUUUCAAAAAACGCAAAAAAGUGAACGAGCUGCGACGAAGGGUGUCACCUGUGUGGGAUAUCGAAGACCUGGUCAAGCUGGCGCAAAAACAUCGGGAGUGCGCGUACUUCCAUUCGCGCGAGGCGCUGGAGAACGCGAAUAUCGUAUUCGCUCCGUACAAUUAUUUGCUGGACCCGUCGAUCCGCGAGGCUGUGGGAAUCAUACUGCACCGAUCAAUUAUUGUGCUGGAUGAGGCACACAAUGUAGAAGAUACGUGCCGAUCCAGCGCCAGUAUGGAGGUGACUGCAGAAGGUCUGACGACAUCAAUCAAGGCGUUUUCGAUCGUAAUCAAGCACGGCAAUCGACCAAAACCGUACAAUGCCUUGCUGAAGCUGCUCAAUGGUAUCAGUCGCUGGUUAAAAAACGUUGAUGCGAAUGCGAACGCGAUUCUCCAGCCUUCAGGUGCUGGAGAGAAGAGCAAGGUCUGGGAUGGUGACGAUGCACUAGCCAUGCUUGAAGAAUAUUCCGGGGUUACGAAAAGCAGUAUUAAUGCGUUGAUAUUAGACAUGCGGGAAGUACGCGAGUACGAGUCUGUAUUGGCCAACAGCACAGAAUCCAGUCGGGAGCCUCAAACGGAAGUUGCUCAAGAUGCUGCAGCGAACCCGACAGGUGCUUCUGUCCUUCUGGGUGCGUUAGCAUUGGCCACGGUACAGAGCAUUUUAACCGUAGUGGACUACAUGUAUCGUGACAGUCUCAAGUAUAUUGACGAUUUCAAGCUGGUGGUGAUCAAAUCCAAGUCAACAUGGCAAGAGGAUACUGGCUCUCGAUUUCCUACUAAAAGAAAUGUUGACGAGUGGGAGAUAAAAUUGUGUAUCUGGUGCCUGAAUGCAGCCGUUGCGUUCUCGGAUAUUACACGGCAAGCCCGCAGCGUCAUUCUUACGUCUGGAACAUUGAGCCCCAUGGGGUCGUUUGUUGGCGAGUUGGGUGUUGAUUUUCCGAUUCGCCUUGAGGCGAACCACGUCGUGAAUAUGCGCAAGCAGGUUUUUGUCGGAGCCGUUAUGCACGGUCCUGGCAACGUCGACCUUCAGUCCACGUACGACAAUCAGCAGAAUCCUAGAUAUCAAGACUCUAUGGGUCAUUUGCUAUUGCAGUAUUCACAAGCGAUUCCAGGCGGUAUCCUCAUGUUCUUUCCGUCCUACUCGCUGCUUAACAAACUUGUUUCACGUUGGAAAAAAACCAAGCUGUGGGGUGAAAUCGAGCAGUUCAAGACGAUCUUUUCGGAACCUCGCAACGCCGGCAAAGGUUUCGAUUCUCUUUUGGAAGAUUACAAGAACACGAUCACGCAAUUCUCCGAGGCAGCAGCUGCUGGUCCUGAUGGCAAAGAAGCACUGACGAAGAGCACAGGCGCGAUUUUUUUGGCGGUUUAUCGCGGUAAAGUGAGUGAGGGUAUCGAUUUCUCUAACGACAAUGCGCGGGCCGUCCUAUGCGUAGGCAUCCCCUUUCCCAGCCUCAAAGAGCUGCAAGUGUCCAUGAAGCGCAAGUACCAAGACGAGAAAAGCCGCAUGGACGUGGAUCUAGUCAACGGCCAUGUAUGGUACCAACUGCAAGCGUUCCGUGCGCUAAACCAAGCUCUUGGACGUUGCAUUCGUCAUCGCCAAGAUUAUGGUGCCAUUAUGCUACUUGAUUCCAGGCAUCGAUUCAACAAGCACGUGAACUUGCUUUCAAAGUGGAUGCGACCGUAUAUCCAGGAGUUCGAGCACUCGCAGAUGUGCGUCCCGAUGUUCAGUGACUUUUUCCAGCGAAACUUCGUCGAGCUGCCAUAUGCUGUGUCUCCAUCCUCAGUGGAAGUGUCGAAAAUGUCUGAGAUGGAGGCAGGACGAGCACCACUCGUUCUCGAGUACGAGACAGACAAGAGUGGCAAAAAGAACAGCACCACAGCCCGUAGUCAAAUAUCUUCACACCCACUGUCGUCGACCAUGGCGACCGUAAACGAGCUGAUGACAAAGCAGAAACAUGAGUCAGAUGCGAAAAACAGCGUGUUUUCAAUAUUCCAAUCUCGGGUGCCUGGAAAGUUAAAGUAG